GGGAGGGGCGCAGGUGGAGGUCUGUGGACAGGAUGGCUCUGCGCCCUGCGCCCCCGUUGCUUGUGGGGCUGGUGGCGGUCGCCCUGCUGGAGAGCGGCUUCGGCUCCUCCUCGCACUCCGUCAAGUAUUUGUUCACCUCCAUGUCGGACCCCAGUCAGGGGCUGCCCCACUUUCUUGGUCUGGCGUUCGUGGACGGUCAAGUCUUCAUUUCCUACGACAGGAACAAGAGGAAGGCGCAGCCUCGAGUCUCCUGGGUGGAGCAGGUGGGGAAGGAGGACCCCCAGUACUGGGACACUCAGACCCAGAUAGCGCGUGGUGUUCAGGAGGAUUUCAGAGGAAACCUGGAGAAACUGAGGCGUCGCUACAAUCAGAGCGAGGGCCAUCACACAGUGCAAAUGAUGGUUGGCUGUGAGCUCAGAGGAGACGGGAGCAAAGGAGGGUUUUGGAAGUAUGGCUACGACGGGAGGACCUUCAUGACCUUUGACAAGGAGACCCUCACCUGGGUGGCUCCCGACCCCCAGGCCCGGAUGAGCCAGAGGAAAUGGGACGCUAUUCCAGGAUAUAAUCAGCAAAAGAAGGCCUACCUGGAGGAAAUCUGCAUUGAGGGGCUGGGGAAGUACCUGUCCUACGGGAAGGAGACGCUGCUGAGGACAGAGACCCCGGUGGUGACGGUGAGCAGCAGGACGGAGGCCGACGAUGGGAUGGAGACGCACGUCUGCCGGGUCCACGGCUUCUACCCCGAGGAGAUCGACGCCUCCUGGAGGAGGGACGGGGAGGCCUGGCUGCAGGACACCCUCCGUGGCUCUGUGGCCCCCAACGCGGACGGGACCUUCCACUACUGGCUCAGCAUCCGGAUCGAUCCCAAGGAGAGAGGCCGCUAUCGGUGCCAUGUGGAGCAUGACGGCCUGCAGGAGCCUGUGGACGUGGCCGUGAAGGUUCCGGAAUCCAACCUGGGGCUCAUCAUCAUCGGCUGCGUUGUGGCUGCUCUUCUCCUGGUGUCUGCGAUUGCUGGGAUCUUGGUAUUUCUCAAGAUACGUCAAGAUGGCUACAAGGGAGCAUCAACAAGUGACAAAGGAUCCGACAGUUCAGGCCGGGGGAGCAAGGAGGCCAUUUAGCAGCACCCUCGCAGCAGAACUUUGGGGCUGCCGAUUCCCACCCUAAGGAGAGAGGAAGGAAGAGCGACCGACCUUCUUCCGAAUUACGCUGUUCUCUCAGGAGGACCUCUUCAGGCCCUCCCAGCCGGCUGUAACUAGGAAGUAUUUUGGGUGUUUCAUGAUUGCCGUGAUGCAGAUUUUUGUCUGGGAUGAUCAGGGUUUUUUCAUCUGAAGGAGGAAUUCUAGGGCCUCCCCUGAAAAGGAAAUGUAGUUGAUUCAUCUGGAGAAGGAAAGAAGGCCUUGCUCUUAUAUGUAGAAUAAAGGCCUUGCAAGAAAAACCAUCUUGGAAGGGACCAUCUCUCCACUGAUGGGAAGGGAAAAUGCCUCUUUCAGCUGCUCAUUCAGAAGUGCGCUUUGAACGCUUGGUAUAUGUCAUCAGGGAAAUUGUCCU